AUGGGAGCUAGAUUGAGUUUAAAUGAUCAAAAGGCAAGCCCGAGUGAAAUCAUUGAGGUCUCACGGGUUGAAACGUGUAAGAGACAAAGGACGUCAUCAAGCUUCUGGGAUGAAAAUCCGCGGCUGUUUCCUGGACUUCCAGAUGAAAUAUCCAUUCAGAUUCUCGCCAGACUUCCAAGAAUAUGGCAUUUGAAGGCAAAGCAAGUCUCCAGGAGCUGGAAAGCUGCUAUUAUGAGUGGAGAAAUUUAUAGGUUAAGAAAAGAACAUGGUAUAACGGAGGAGUGGCUCUACAUUCUGACUAGAGUCCGCAAUUUUAAGCAUAUGUGGUAUGCCCUCGACCCGGUGUCCCGGAUAUGGCAAAGAUUGCCUCCGAUGCCCAAUCUUGCUACUGAAGAUGGUUCUAGAAUUGCAGAUGCCGUAAAAGGCUGGCUUGGCUUGAAGGAUUUGUGGCAAAACCUAUAUUGUGGUUGUUCUAUUUGUGCUGUCAAUGGCUGCCUUUAUGUCCUGGGUGGUUUUUCCAAGCUUAAAGCGAUGAGGUCCGUCUGGCGUUAUGAUCCAAGAGACAAUUCUUGGAGUGAAAUGGCACCCAUGUGUACUGGUCGAGCUUACUGUAAGAUCAGUGUCUUAAACAACAAACUUUAUGUUGUUGGAGGUCUCACCAUGGAUCUAGUUGGAGUUAGACUGAUCCCUCUUCAAUGUGCAGAAGUAUUUGAUCCUUGUUCCGGUACAUGGACUGAAAUCCCUAGCAUGCCGUUUUCAAAAGCUCGGGCACUACCUACCCCCUUUCCAUCUGAAUUGCUGAAGCCUGUUGUAACUGGAAUGACAUCAUAUCGGGGGAAACUAUAUGUUCGUCAAGGUUUAUAUUGCAGGCCGUUGAUUGAUGCUGGAGGGGAGGUAUAUGAUCCAGAAUCGAAUUCAUGGGUCGAUAUGCCAAUAGGCAUGGCAGAGGGUUGGCCUGUCAGGCAGUCGGGUGCGAAGUUGAGUUUCAUCGUCAACGAAGAGUUAUAUGCAUUGAAUCCCUCAAAUUCUGUUGAUAAUGCUCGAAUCAAAGUGUAUGAUCAUCAAGAAGAUGCUUGGAAAGCAAUUGAAGGAGGUUUACCCAAUCGUAGCCUUACUGAUUCAAUGUCUCCAUAUUUAUUUGAAGGUUUCCUUGGUAAGCUUCACGUGAUCACUAAAGACGUGAAUCAUAACAUCUCUGUCAUGCAGGCCGAUACGUUAAAAAGACUCGCAUCAUCUCCAUCUCCAUCAUCAGAUUCCUCGGAAGAGCUUUCUGAAGCAGUGACAAGAUCCCCUGAAAGGACCUGGAAAGUCAUUGCCACUAUUCAAGCUAAACGGGAUGAACUAGACAGCUGUCUGAUUCUCCGCUAUUAA